AUGCAAGAUUUACCACCUAUUGGAGGGUAUGAACCAGUACAAUGGAAGAGAAAUCUUCCAUCCCGAGGAUUCAGAGCCAGUAUAUAUUUCUGGGGUAUAACUGGAUUAAUGGCAUUUGGAUUUUAUCGAUUUUAUAAAGGAGUUGAUGAACAACGAGAAUUAUCACGAGAAAAACAAUGGAGUAGAUUUUAUUUACAACCUUUAUUAUUAGCUGAAGAAGAUAGAAAUGUUGCUAGAAGAUAUUAUAGUGAAAAAGCCAGACAAGAUUUAGUUAGAGAAAGUAUGAGUGAUGAAGUUAAAGCUAAAUUUGAUAAAGAAAUAUAUAAUGAUAAAUCAAAAUUCCGUUUCCCCCAAUAUACUGUUGGAAUUGAUCCAGCUGAUCGUUAA